UGCAGCAUAAUGGGAAGAACAGGGUGGUUUUUAACUGUUCAUUCUCAUAUCAAGGACACAACCUGAACGAGCUACUGUUACCUGGACCAACACUUGGUCCAUCUCUCCUGGCAGUCCUUCUGCGUUUCCGGGAGCACUCUGUUGCCAUCAGUAGUGACAUCCGCGGCAUGUUCCAUCAGGUACGCCUCUUGCCACAAGAUAAACCUCUGUUGAGAUACAUCUGGAGAGACAUGCAAAGAGACAGAACCCCAGAUGUAUAUGAAUGGCAGGUACUGCCUUUCGGGACCACUUGCAGUCCGUGUUGUGCAUCGUUUGCUUUACAGAAGCAUGUUCUAGAUCACAGCCAGCCUGGAGAGGACACACAAGUUUCAGUGGAGAAGUCAUUCUAUGUGGACAAUUGCCUCCAGAGCUUCGCCUCCCGUGACAUGGCCAAGAAUCUGGUAGACAAACUCUGUAACCUUCUAGCAUCUGGUGGCUUUGAGUUACGACAGUGGGCAAGCAAUGACCCUUCAGUUAUCAGCCAUCUGCCAGCUGACAUUCAGUCACCGAGUAGCAUCCUCUGGCUCAGCGAAGGCCACCAAGAAGCUCAGGAAUCAACACUUGGCCUGCACUGGAAUUGCCAAUCAGAUACCCUCUCUUACAAACGACGCAAACCAGACAAUGAAGUGCCCACAAUGCGAAGCAUCUACCAGAUCCUUGCCAGCCAGUAUGAUCCCCUUGGCUAUAUUGUACCCUUCACCACUCGAGCCAAGGUGAUAGUGCAGAGGUUGUGGGACAAACAAAGGGAGUGGGAUGACCCCAGGCUGCCAGAGGACCUAUUAGACUCUUGGAAACACUGGGAGAGUGAAUUGGAAGAUCUGCAGAAUAUCAGUUUGCCCAGAUGUUACUGCAGCAAGGAACUAGACUGCUCUAGUAGCAUUAGGCAACUUCACAUAUUUUGUGAUGCCUCAGAGAAGGCGUAUGGAUCUGUGGCAUACUUAAGAACAGAGAACCCUCAAGGUAAAGUGGAGGUGGCCUUUGUAACAGCUAGGUCUCGUGUUGCUCCCAAGAAACAGCAGAGCAUCCCUCGUCUUGAGCUGUGUGCAGCACUCACAGGUGCACAGCUUGCUAAAGUCCUGAAGGCAGAGCUAACGUUACCACUCAGUAGUGUCACACUGUGGUCUGAUUCCACCACAGUGCUAAUUUGGCUUUUGUCAGAUUCCUGUCGCUUUAAGGUGUUUGUGGGGACCAGAGUGGCAGAAGUACAGGACUUGACUGAAUCUGACACCUGGCGUUACGUACAGUCAUCCGACAACCCAGCAGAUGCAAUUACAAGAGGAAAGUCUCCCUCUGAUCUCAACAAAGACAGCAGAUGGAACCAAGGCCCAGCAUUCCUCAGACAAAGACCAGACAGCUGGCCAGAAAUGCCACCACUAGCUCACAUAAGUGAAGACGGUGAGCUGAAAAGGUCAACUUUCUGUGGACUGUUAACCUCUGAUCUGUCACUGCCAGAUCCUCAUAAAUUUUGCACAUUCACAGACUACUUAAAAGCUCUUAUACAGCCAUCAUCAGAAAGCUCUCCCUUCAUUGUAACUGCAGAAAACUACAUAGAAGCUGAGCUCACAGCCCUUCGACAGAUCCAGGCAGAAUCAUUCCCAGAUGAGAUAUUGCACUUGAAAUCUGGUAAACCUCUACCAAGCAAUAGUCGACUGCUUUGCCUAGCCCCAGAACUAGAUAUCAGAACCAAUCUCAUUCGUGUUGGCGGUCGCCUACGACAAAUCAGUCAACUAGACGAGGAUACCAUUCACCCCAUUGUCCUUGAUCCACAUCACCCACUCACCAAACUAAUUAUCAAAGACUAUGAUGACUGUUUGCAUCACCCUGGACCAGAGAGGGUGUUUGCGGAGCUCAGGAGAAAAUACUGGGUGUUAAGAGGACGAGCAGCAGUUAAACACCACCAACGCCAAUGCGCUGAAUGCCAAAAAUGGCGGGCUAAACCGCAUCCCCCCAGGAUGGCAGAUCUCCCACCUGCCAGGUUAAGAAUUCACCAGCCAGUUUUCUAUUCAACAGGUAUAGAUUGCUUUGGUCCCUAUCUCAUAAAGUUUGGACGCCGAAAUGAGAAGCGUUGGGGGAUCAUCUUCAAGUGUAUGACCACCCGUGCAGUGCAUAUUGAUCUCCUCACAAGUAUGGACAGUGACUCAUUCCUGAUGGCCCUUCGUCGCUUCAUUGCUCGACGAGGGAAACCCUUCGAAAUCCUGUCAGAUCAGGGAACGAAUUUCAAAGGUGGUGAAAGGGAACUUCGGGAUGCCUACACUGCUCUUCAACCUGAGCUCCAAGCUCAACUGGCAAGCCAGCAAAUUAGGUUUACAUUCAAUCAACCUAAUGCCCCACAUUUUGGUGGAUGCUGGGAACGGGAAAUUCGAUCCUUGAAAACAGCCCUACAAGUGACACUCGGAGCACAGACAGUCACUGAAGAAGUAUUGCGGACUGUUCUCAUUGAAAUUGAGGGGAUCCUCAAUGCCAAACCUCUUGGUUACAUAUCUUCAGACAUUGCUGACCCUGACCCAGUUACACCCAACAUUCUGCUGAUGGGGCGGCGGGACGCCUCACUUCCCCAAGUGACAUACCAGGAUUCUGAGCUUCUGAGUCGACGGAGAUGGAGGCAUAGUCAACUGUUAGCUGAUCACUUUUGGAGGCAAUUCAUCCAUAACUACCUACCCAGCCUUCAAACCAGACAGAAAUGGAUGUCAGAAACAGACAACCUACAGAUAGGUGAAACUGUUAUGAUUGUGGAUCCACAGCUACCUCGUGCACUUUGGCCUGUUGGAAGGAUUGUUCAAGUUUUCCCUGGGAAGGAUAACAGAGUCAGAUCAGCUGAGAUCAAAGUGAAAGACCGAACUUACCUAAGGCCAGUGACCAAGAUCAUCUGUCUACCUCCUUUGGCUGAAUGACAUUGCAAUACUUAGUAAGGCCCUUGUUGUUCAAAUUCACCUUGUGAAUUUGGGGGCGGCUGUAAAAAAGGCCACCCCUUGAAAGUGAACUCUUCCGAACCCUCCCGCCUGUGUUCGUGAUUUGGACUGUUCCUAAUCUUUCCGCGGAGUGAGAACCAAGACAUUAUAGGGGCUGGAUGUGUUGAUAUGUUUAUAGUUAAUAUUUCAUAGUUAAAUUAGUUAGAAGUGGCCCGUUUAAGGAUUGUGUGGAUAUAUGUGUGCGUGCAACUAAUCAACCACACACAUCUUUGCACAAUAAAUCACCCUGAAGUACAUUCCUGGUGUGAGACCUAAUGUUCUGACCGGACACCCUGUAGCCGUUCUAUAAAUCCGAACCAAGAGUAGUCAGCAGUUUUUUC